CAUGGACCGAUCUACGUAGCCCUCUUCUCCCUUCUCUUACAGACAACGAACGAGUGUACUUUAUACCCAAAUCCCUCUCUCUCUCUCUCCCCUACCUGCUUCAAGGCUGCUUGACAUGUGCUGACCAAAUAUCCCCCGCGAAUUGGCCACACCUCAAAACACUCAAAACUCCAUCGAGUUACCGACAUCAAGAAAAAAAGGCAACUCUCUGACUGAAAGAAAUGCUCUUCAGAAAGGCGCUCUGGAGCGUACCGGUCACAAUCCGAUGCAGACUCACACGACCCGGCCCCCGACAAGCUGCUCGAUUCUCCGUCUCUGCCUUCCGAGGCCUUGCGAGUGUAGAUGAAUCCUUCGAUCCAAACUCGAUGGAGAGGACGGAGGAUGAGGUGGAUCUAUGUAUCGUCGGUGGCGGACCCGCUGGACUCUGUGCAGCCAUCCGAAGGUUCAAGCAAUUGGCGGAUAAAGCCGGAAAGGACUAUCGCGUCAUGGUCCUUGAAAAAGCUCCCGAUCUCGGCGCACAUAUCCUCUCCGGUGCUGUGAUUGAGACGCGAGCACUCGAUGAAUUGCUUCCAGGGUGGUUGACAUCGGAUGAUAAACCAGCAAACAUGACACCCGUGGAAAAGGACAAGAUGCGGUUCUUGACAGCCGAUAUGUCGAUUCCGUUACCGGCACCACCACAGAUGCAUAAUGCAGGGAACAUCAUUGUUGAGAUGAGUUCUGUUGUGCGUUGGUUGGCGGAAAAGGCAGAAGCCUUGGGAAUUGAAUUGUACCCUGGUUUCGGUGGUGCAGAGGUCUUGUACCAUUCAGACGGUAGUGUCAAGGGUGUCGCCACCUCAGAUCUCGGUGUUGGCAGGGAUGAUAAGCCAACGGCAGAGUUUGAGCGUGGUAUGGCGUUCCAUGCAAGGACGACGUUGUUUGCAGAGGGAGCGCAUGGGAGUUUGACCAAGAAACUCGUCAAGCAGUUUGAUUUGCGUAAGGAUGCACAACCACAAACCUACGGCCUCGGUCUUAAGGAAGUUUGGGAGGUGAAGGAUGAAAACUUCCGAAAGGGUGAAGUCAGUCAUUCUCUGGGCUUUCCAUUGAAGAAUGAUACCUAUGGCGGUGGAUGGAUGUAUCACUAUGGAGACAAUCUCGUCUCUGUGGGUUUGGUGGUUGGUCUGGAUUACCCGAAUCCGUGGUUAAAUCCCUACAUGGAGUUUCAGCGCAUGAAGCAUCACCCGCACUACGCGAGUGUCUUGAAAGGUGGCAAGUGUCUGUCGUAUGGCGCUCGUGCACUCAACGAAGGCGGCCUGCAAUCCAUCCCGAAACUCACGUUCCCCGGUGGUGCGUUGAUUGGGUGCUCAGCUGGCUUACUCAAUGUACCCAAAAUCAAGGGCACACACAAUGCCAUGAAGUCUGGUAUGCUCGCUGCUGAAGCUGCUUUUGAAGCAUUCGAGCAGGAGCAAGAAGGCGCUAUCGAGCUCACUGCGUAUGCAGAGAAUCUCAAAAACUCAUGGGUCUAUGAAGAGCUUCAUCAAGUACGAAAUAUCAGGCCUUCCUUCCACAACCCUCUCGGCAACUUUGGCGGUAUCCUCUACUCUGGUCUUGAUACCAUCCUUCUGCGUGGUCAAGCACCCUGGACUCUCAAACAUCCCACCACUGAUGCAGCAGCAACACAGUCUGCCGAUAGCUGCGAGAAGAUUGAGUACCCAAAGCCAGAUGGCGAGCUCAGCUUUGACCUCCUCACAAACCUCGCCCGGACAGGUACCUACCACGAGGAGAACAUUCCCGUACACUUGCGCGUGAAGGACUGGGAAAAACAUACACAAGAAGCCUAUCCACGCUACCAAGGUAUUGAGACGCGCUUCUGCCCUGCUGGCGUGUACGAGUACAAUGAAGAUCCCAAAGCUCCGCUCGGUGUCAAGUUCAACAUUAACAGCCAAAAUUGCAUACAUUGCAAGACGUGCGACAUCAAAGUACCAACGCAGGAUAUUGAUUGGCAGAUUCCAUCAGUCUCAGGCGGGCCCAAAUACGCAUACUAG